CUCACCACAACAUCACUCCAUUGCUAUAAAAAUUAUAUUCUGUCAUUGCACAUGAGCUAGGCUACAGUUUGACACCCAAUUUGGGCCCUAUUGCUUAUGGUAGAUUUUGUGUUAUCGCGCCAGACUUAUGUCGCGGCUCGGGGGAAUGAUGCGGUCUACGCGACCCAAAAAACUCACACCAAAGCAACCUAUACCCAUCUACAGGGAUCACCAAAUCGACCUUGCGGAAGAUGAUCUUCAAACAACAUUACAAAAUAUUGAAACCGGCGUUGAGAAGGCCGAGGAGAGCGAAUACCAUCUUCAGGCUGCCAUUAACGCGGCGUCCCUUGGAAAUGCAUCGCAGAAAGCGCAUAUUCCCACGCCGGAGACGGUUACCAGCUCCCUUCAAUAUGACAAAUUGUAUCCCCCAACGUUCUCGCAGCCCGCAACAUAUAUACGAUUCUCAUCGACGGUCGAAGAUUGUUGCGGGUGUCCAUAUAAUAUGGUGGAGGAGGAUGAUAUCGCUUUGAAGAUCAUGAACCAAAAAGCGGAUGCGUCGACGCAAUGCACCGAAGAUCAAUUUGAAGAGUUGAUGAGCUUCUUCGAAGAGACGGCGCAUACGAAGCAGCCUUUCGCGGCAGUUGACAAUCCUCCUGUAAUUCCGUAUGAAGAAAUGGAAGAGUGUUUCGACGGAAUAGAUGACGAAAAUCUGAAAAAGUUUUCCAAGGGCGUGUACGAACACUGGAAAUUGAGACGGAAUAAGCUUGGCAAUUGUCCGCUCCAACCAAGCCUAAAGUUCGAAUGCGGACAGGACACCGACGACAGCGACCCGUAUGUAUGCUUCCGACGUAGAGAGGUCCGACAAGCCCGUAAAACUCGCGGCAGAGAUGCACAAAGCGCGGAGAAGCUCCGUCGCCUUAGAAAAGAACUAGAGGAUGCCAGGCAGCUGGUUGCUCUAGUCCGACAGCGCGAAAUUGCAAGAAAAGAACAAUUUACCAUCGAUAGACAAUUGUUCAUGCAGCGCGCUGAGGUCAAGGAAAUGAAGCGCAAACUGGGUAUCACAGAUGAUGAUGAAGAUCUCAUCAACCAGAAGGUAUAUAUCCCUUCUAUUGGAGAGGAAGUUCGUCCGCUAACAUCCGCUCAGCCCAAGAAGAAACCAACAGAAGUCGCAACCACAGCACGGCCGACCAUUCCUCAACUCCGUACUCCUGCAAGGCCAGCUGGGCAGCCAGUCGAUGAAUUGAGACUGCUGGAAGAUGUCCAAGCUGACAAGGAAAAUGAAAUCUCCCGCGACAUCAAACAGAAUGUUGUAAAGCAUGCAAAGUGGAAUGAGGGAUAUGUAGAUAUGACUCGAGCACCACUUACCCCGAAACCUCCACAACAGACCUUCGAUGGCUCUGAUUUCCGACCAGCUAUCACCGAAUAUCUCCCCACUCCACCCACCUCAGAGUCCUCCGACGCGAUGCAAGACGUAUCGAGAGAAGGGCCAGACGAUAAAUUUGCCGUAAUACACAAAACCACAGAUACAACCGAUGACCAAUCACGACGAGGAAUGCCCUGCUUCCGCCGUCGCAUUGGUAGAGGUGGUCGCACGAUGAUUGAUCGCAGGAAUCUCCCAUUCCGUAGCAGGAAUGAUAUCGAUCCACUGCAAUUAGAUCGCUUCAAAUAUGACCAGGACGAUGACGAGGUCGAUCCGGUAUAUGAGCGAGAUGAAUUCAACAUCCAGAUAAUGCAGCACAGAGCGUACCUUCACGCAAAAUCGUCAAGAGAUCAGGCGAUCCAAGCUCAGCUUCAAGCUCAAGCCCAAGCCGCCGCACAAAACGGUAGACGUUUGCCAGUCGGUUCCCAAGGUGGUGGUACUCCAACUGCUCCAAAUCCUCCCCCUAAAGCCCCUCAACCCUCGUCUCUUAAUCCGCUCCCCUCAUAG